AUGAACCUGGAUGCUUUGUUCCAGCAAAUACAGCUCACAGAGAAGCAGGCGAGGGAGAAGAGGCACCUCAUCCAACAAGCUAAAUUGGACAUAAAUAGAAGUUAUGAAAAAAUUAACCAAAUAAAAGAAGAGCUGAGCACUGCAAAAAUGAAAUUAGAAACUAAGGUUCAGCAUCUGUCUGAAAAACAGUUCUACUUAGAAAUUCUGAAGAAACGUGAAGACAGCUUAGAAAAACAGAAAGCUGAACUUAUUAAUCAGAAAGGCAGUCUUCUUAAAAUCGUUACCAAUGCAAAGAGAAAAAUGACUGAAGAGGAAGAUAAUUUUACUAGAGAAGUAAUGGAAUUUAACAAUGAAUAUGGACUAACAAGUAAUAGAGAUCUUCUGAUUAAAAAAAAAGUAAAGACUGAAAUAAAUGAUUUAGAGAAUGAGGCAGCUCUGUUGAAAAAUGAAAUGGAGUCGAUGGAACAUAACAAUGUUCAGUUAAAUGUACUUCAGCUGCAGAAGAAUGAAUUAAAGCAGGAUUUAUUUACUCUCCAAAGCAAACUCAAAGACCUUGAGAAAGUAAUCAAGGAGGCUGAAAGAAUGACGAAAGAUUUAGAAGCAGAAAAAGUCCAAGUCACUGAAAAACCUCAGACUGAUCCUGAAUGUUUAAGGCUUAAGAAAGAAUUGGAAAAUUGCAAAGAUGAUGACUGGGAAAGUAUCUGUGAGACUCUUCGAACAGAAAUUGAAAUUCUGCAAAUGAAUCUAUCACAAAAAAAGUCUUCAGACAAGUGA